UCGAGGGGCGGGGCCGCGGCGUGACGUCAGAGAACAAUGACACCGCCGCCGAGGGGGCGGGUACCCAGAGACAGCAGAGGCGGGGGUCUCCCCCGGGGCCUGAGACUAGCGGAAGACGUACUGGCCCGGCCAGGGCCGCUGCCUGAUUGCCGAGGCCCGCUUGGGAGCGCGGACGUGCCACGCAGCCUCGAGGAUACCCCCCCCCCCUCCGCCUCCUGGGCAGUGAUCAGCGCGGACCCUGGGCCAACGCGGGAGCAGGCCGGAGUACCAUCCUCCCCAACCCCCAUUUUAGAACAUCCUUCAGAGGGCUUCUCUGACCUCGGCUUGAACUCCUUCAGGGUUGGCGAGAUCACUCCUUCCACCACCGGAGGGAGAAGAGGCAAAAUGAAUUUGCCAGCCCUGAGUUCAUUCUCAAAGCUACGCUAUUCUGACAGCCAGCAAACUCAGCCUGGAUUCCUGAGGGCUCAGAGGACUGCAGCUCAGGCUCUGCCUGCCUCCUGCGAUGCAGCCCUCCCAGCCUUCCAGGCUACAUCUACGGCCACCUGCUGGGAAGCCUCUUCUGAAAACUCUAGCAGAUGUGCUGCCUACCUGGUCUUAACCCCAUAUGCUGCUGUCCCCAUAGCAUUGUCAUCGUUAAUACUAUUUGUGUACGCAGCUUAUCUCACUGCCAGACUGAGAGGCAGCGCGGGCUUGUUGAAAGAGCGUGGACUUUGGAGCCGCACGACCUGGCCCUGAAUCCCAGCCCUGCCACUUAGGGCUGUGAGCCCUUGGGAGCUUACACGCACCACCUCUUGGAGCCUCAGUUUCCUUAUCUGUAAAGUGGGGCUGGUGAUAACUACUAAGGUGGUUUGACCAUUAAAUGAGAUUAGAAAUGUAAACCUCCUUUCCUGUUCCUGUCUGGACUCUCAUCCUCUUAGGGACAAAGAUUGUAUCCAGUGCCUCUUUGUAUUCUCCUGAUUAUAACAAUAACAGUGUAACUAUUAACAAUGGCAAACACUCACAUAGCACUUACUGUGUACAAGGUAUUAUUCUAAGAACUAACAUAAGUUAACUCACUUCAUUCUCACAACAACCUGGUAGCCUUGGAACUAUUAUUAUUCCUGUUUAUAGAUAAGCAAUCUGAGGCUCAGAGAGGCUAGAUAACAAGCCCGAAGUCACACAACUAGUUAGCGGGAGAGUUGAGAUUUUAAUCCAGGAAAAUCUGCUCCAGAGCCUAAGCUGUUGAACACUGUAUCACAUGGCCAUGGUACAAGGGCUUCGAGGGGCUUCUGGAGUGGUAUGGGAGGGUGAGUACCCAUGGUGCACCCUAGCCUGUGGACAUCUUUGCCCUGACCUGUGGGGUGGGAGUGGGGGUGUACUGAGAUGCUCCUGGUCUGCCCUCCAGGACCUCCCAACAUGUGAAGUGGUUAGUACUGAUGAGAGGUAUGUCUCUAGGACCUUGGGGGGAAGGGGACGAAGAGGCCACUAAUGGACAAGACAAUCAGAGAAGGCUUCAUGGAAGAGGUGGCAUUUGCCAUGGUCCUUGACAGAUGAAGAGGACUUGGACUGGGAUGGACAAGACAAUAGCAGGAGCAAAAGUGUAGAGGUGGGAGAGGUACAUUAGGGCUCAUUUAGGUGUCAGGCUAGACAUUUUCCCUCGUUCUUGAGGGUGGGAUGAAGCAGCCAGGGUGAACAUGGGGAGGGGUGUGUCAGUUGCCCAGUCUGCGCUCAGGAGGGUAGAGCGAACUCUUUUAGGGGCCUUGGAAGCCAGCACAGACCCUGAAGAGCUGAGAGCUGAUUGGCAUUUUGCCUCUCUAUAAUCUGCUCUGAGAUUCCUGAAUUCAACUCUACUUCCUGCUCCCAUUCCUCCGGUUCUCCGAGCCUCAGUUUCCCCACCUGCAGAACGGGCAUGAAUAAUGGAUCUUUUGAGCUAGUUGAAGGAUGAA